UUCUUUCCGCUUCGCUCCUUGGUGACGCGGUACCCUAGCCGGUAGUCAAGAGCCGUUCGCCGAGGAGCUGGCGCGCGUCUUAGCCUUUUCCCUCCCUGCCUCCUUGGUGGAGUUGCAAAAUACAGAAAAAGGAAAAAAAAAUCACCUUCUGAUGCUCUUCCUUAACUUCGGAUCCCACUCCUGCGUGCUCCGACAGGCAGAAGCAACUGGUGCCCCGUGAUGGUGGCGCUGGAACAUGAAAACUUUGGAGGUUAUGGAUGAUAAGCCUGAUCCUGGACCCCUAAGUGAGAGUUCAGAACUCUUCUCCUUUGGCGUUAUAGCAGACAUUCAGUAUGCUGAUUUAGAAGACGGCUAUAAUUUCCAGGGGAGCAGACGGAGGUACUACAGGCACAGUCUUCUUCACUUACAGUGUGCUAUCGAACACUGGAAUAAAGAAAGCAGCCCACCCUGUUGUGUACUUCAGCUUGGAGACAUCAUCGAUGGAUAUAAUGCACAGUAUAAAGCAUCAGAAAAGUCACUGGAACUUGUUCUGAACACAUUCCAAACGCUGAAAGUCCCAGUUCAUCACACGUGGGGAAAUCAUGAAUUCUAUAACUUCAGCAGAGACUACUUAACAAACUCCAAACUUAACACAAGGUUUCUAGAAGACCAGAUUGCCUGUCAUCCUGAGACUAUGCCUUCAGAGAGUUAUUACGCUUAUCAUUUUGUGCCGUUCCCUAAAUUCCGGUUCAUUUUACUUGAUGCUUAUGACAUGAGUGUGUUGGGUGUGGACCAGUCUUCUCCAAAAUUCCAGCAGUGUCUGAAGAUACUGAGGGAGCACAAUCCAAAUACGGAAUUGAAUAGUCCUCAAGGACUUUCUGAGCCCCAGUUUGUCCAGUUUAAUGGCGGAUUCAGCCAAGAACAGCUGAACUGGUUAAAUGAAGUUCUUACAUUCUCUGACAGAAACCAAGAAAAGGUGGUGAUUGUGAGCCAUCUUCCCAUUUACCCCGCGGCCUCUGACAGUGUGUGCCUGGCCUGGAAUUACAGAGACGUCCUGGCAGUCAUUUGGUCUCACGAGUGUGUGGUGUGUUUCUUCGCCGGUCACACGCAUGAUGGUGGCUACUCUGAGGAUCCCUUUGGUGUGCACCACGUCAACAUAGAAGGGGUUAUUGAAACAGCUCCGGACAGCCAGGCUUUUGGCACAGUUCAUGUCUAUCCUGAUAGAAUGGUGUUGAAAGGGAAGGGCAGAGUUCCAGACAGAAUUAUGAAUUACAAGAAGGAGAAAGCUUUCCAUUUUUAGUCAGAUUUUAUUUUGUUGACUUUUAUAGAAAGAGAAUGACUAAGCUUUGUGGUUUUGUUCCACUCCCCUCCCCGAAUCCUAAGUCUCAUUGUUUAGUAUUCUGUUUGCAUAAGAAACAACCAUAACUGGCUUCAGUGUGUGUUAGCUGAUAAGAUAUUCUGAAAUGUCAUUUUUAGAUAGGAUAUCCUGUGCUGAAAAUUGGAAAGAAAAUGAAUGAAAGUAGCAUGAAUAAACCAGGGAGACUGAGGUGGGGGGGAUAUAGUCCUCAAAAUAGACAGUAUUUAGCUUUACCUGAGAUUUUUUUACUUUUUACAAAUAGUUUAUUCAUUCAAUGUAUUAGUUAUGUAACUUAAUAUACAUAAUAAAAAAAAUAAGCUCAGGUAAACUUU